CCGCGCAUGCACAGCGCCGCGCAGCCCUCCGCUCCGCGGGCGCUGCCGGGCUCGCGGCGCACCAUGGCAGCGCGGCUGCCGCUCGGCCCCUGGCUCCUGGCGCUGCUCGUCUGCGGCGGCGGCGGGCGGCUCGCGCGGGCGGCCGGAGCGGGCGGCCGGAGGGGCGCGGCGGCCGAUGCCUGCGGAGCGAGGGGCCUGUCUCCAGUCACCAAGAACAAUGGACUACUCAAUAUCACCUUUAAAUAUGACAAUUGUACUCCGUAUCUGAAUUCGGUGGGAAAACACGUGAUUGGAGAUGUGCAGAAUAUAACAAUCAGUCAGUAUUCAUGUUAUGAACAGGUUGCAGUGACAAUACUUUGGACAGCAAAUACCAUUGGGAUUGAAUACCUAAAAGGAUUUCGAGUAAUACUUGAAGAGUUAAAAUCAGAGGGAAGACAAUGUCAGCAGAUGAUUUUAAAAGAUCCAAAGCAACUCAGCCCCAGUUUUAAAAAAACAGCAAUGGAAUCUCAGCCUUUUAUAAAUCUGAAGUUUGAAACAGAUUACUUUGUCAAGAUUGUUCCUUUUCCUUCCAUUAAAAAUGAAAGUAAUUAUCACCCAUUUUUCUUCCGAACUCGACCAUGUGAAUUGUUGCUACAGCCAGAAAACCUUGUCUGCAAACCUUACUGGAAGCCAAGGAACCUGAAUGUUACCCAACAAGGCUUUAACAUGCAAGUGUCUUUUGAUCAUGCACCACACAACUUUGGGUUUAGAUAUUACUUUCUUCACUAUAAACUUAAGCAUGAAGGACCAUUUAAGCAGAAGACCUGCAAACAGGAGCAAAACACAGACACUACAAGUUGCAUUCUUCAGAAUGUAUCUCCAGGGGAUUAUAUAAUUGAGCUGGUGGACGACACUAACACAACAAGGAAAACAAUGCAUUAUGCACUAAAACCAGUACAUUCUCCAUGGGCUGGACCCAUAAGAGCUAUUGCCAUUACAGUCCCUUUAGUCGUCAUUUCAGCAUUUGCAACGCUUUUCACAGUGAUGUGCCGCAAGAAACAGCAAGAAAAUAUAUAUUCCCAUCUAGAUGAGGAGAGUUCAGAAUCUUCAGCAUAUGCUGCAGUGCUUCAUGUGGAAAGACUUCGUCCCCGGCCAAAAGUGUUCAUCUGCUAUUCCAGUAAAGACUGCCAGAAACACAUUAAUGUCAUCCAGUGCUUUGCUUAUUUUCUUCAGGACUUUUGUGGCUGUGAGGUGGCUCUAGAUUUAUGGGAAGAUCUAAAAAUUUGUAAGGAAGGGCAGAAAGAGUGGCUUAUUAAAAAAAUAAAUGAGUCCCAAUUUAUCAUCAUUGUGUGUUCCAAGGGAAUGAAAUACUUCGUUGAAAAAAAGAACUGGAAACACAGAGGGGUAACCAAAGAUGCAGGGAAAGGAGAACUCUUUCUGUUUGCUGUGUCAACUGUUGCGGAGAAGCUUCGUCAGGCAAAGCAGAGUUCAAAUGACCUCUGCAAGUUCAUUGCAGUCUACUUUGAUUACUCCUGUGAAGGAGAUAUCCCUGGUAUUCUGGAUCUAAGUACAAAAUACAAACUCAUGGAUGAUCUUCCUCAGCUUUAUUCACAUUUACACUCCAGAGAUCUUAGCCUACAGGAUUCAGAGCUGUUUCCUGUGAACAUUAGUAAAAGGAAUUAUUUCAGGAGCAAAUCUGGACGGUCCCUUUAUGUUGCUAUUUGCAAUAUGCAUCAGUUCAUUGAUCAGGAACCAGACUGGUUUGAGAAACAGUUUAUUCCUUUUCCUCCAUCUCCUUUACAUUACUCAGAGCCUGUCAUGGAAAAAUUUGACUCAGGCUUGGUUUUAAAUGACUUAGUCAGUAAACAGAUGACGGAUGGUGAUUUUUACCUGAAAACAGAUGGGAAUAUUAUUUCAGCUGUAAAUUCAGACUCUCACUGUAUAAUUCAGCACUUAAACCUUGGAGAAGAUAUAGAAACUCAGGACAUUCAAGGUGGCAACUCUGUUCUUCAGCCGUUGUUACAUGUUGUUAAAGCUUCCAAUCUUACAGAUAUGCCUCGAGAUUCUGGAAUCUAUGAUUCAUCCGUUCCUUCAUCUGAAUUAUCUUUACCUUUAAUGGAAGGACUCUUAACAGACCAAAUUGAAACAUCUUCCAUUACAGAAAGUGUUUCUUCAUCAUCAGGUUUAGGGGAAGAAGAACCUCCUGUAAUCACUGCCACAAAAUUCUUAGUGCCUGGAAUAUAUAAAGCAGAACUUCAUUGCCAUAUCCAUGCUGACGAACUGCAGGCAAUCGCACCUUUGUAAUACGUUACAACAUUGUUAUGCAUUGCCACUUUAUCAACAGCCUCUGUUUGUGCUUAAACUACCACACUAUCCCAGCACUAAACCUACUUGAAGGAACAAAUAUUCCCUGAAGAAGAUCUGCUAUUAUUAAGGGAUUUUUAUGGCCAGUAAACUUGAAUCUGUUAGUCUUUAUUAUGUCUUUCAUGACUUGAAAAAUGCAGCAUGGAAAAAUAGCUGAAAAUAUACUUCAAAAUCAUUCCCAUUUCUAACUUAAAUUUCGUGAUCAUAUUACACUGUUUACAGAUGCUACAAUCAAAAAAUCACUUUUUUUCUAGAAAAAAAUUUGCAAUUGGACAAAAAAUUGCUUGGACCAUUAAGUCUUAGUAAAUUUUCUUGUUCAGACUCUGGUUUUUAAGUGCUGAUAGACUUGAUGGCAGGAUUAUUUUAGUGAAUGAGCAGCAAGGUUUUUUUCAGAAUCAACAUAAAAUGCCAAAGGUGAGAUCACAUGAUUCUCCAUCAGGAGAAUUCCAGUUCUUUUAGAAAUAUUUGAGCUCCUUUCCUCACACUCUCCUCUCUCUUUCCUAAAUGUUAAUGUGUCUCAGACUUUAAUUUCAGAUAAGAGCAUUUUGCCCUCUUCAGUAUGAUUCUCCUUUCUUUUCUCCAUAAUCUGGCUAUGAUGACUCACAAAUAAUAACAUGUUGAGUCUGAAAAUAUAAUUUUUGCAUUAGAAAAAAAACCAUAUAUAUGCUGGCUGAGUGACACCAUGGAAACCAAGUUUCCUAUUUUCUUCCUGGAAGGGUUGAUAUGAAGAAUACUUCAAAGAGAUGGGGGAAGGAACACCAAAUUUCGUGUUUGUUCAGGACAUCAUUCUGUCUUUGUUCAGCCUUAAGAGGCGUGUACUGUGUGGAGAAUUUCUAUUAUCCUUCAAGGACAUGCUGCUACAAAUUCAUCUGGGAUAAAACACGUUAAGACAAGCAGUUAACCUACAUAAGUACUUUAGUUCAUGUUGAUCAACCACUAAACAGAAGCCUAGGAGUUAUUUUCAAGUUCCAGUGCUUGCUGUUACUUAGUGAUUAAGAUAGUAUACUGUUACUAGUGUUAUAUUAAGAGAACAUGCUAAAAAUACAAUUGGUCUUGUUUAUCUAAAGACAGGGAGCAUGCAAGUGCUUUCUUCUGCAGUGACAAUGUAGGUAUAUCCUCAUCCAAAGUAUCACCGCUGUUUCCAAAGAGUAACUUCAUCAGUAAAACUCAUCUGUGUAACUGCAAUUCUAGGCACUAUUUUAACAGACAUGGUAAUAGCAAAUAGUAAAAGACACCUUAUCAGUGUGCCUUUGCUAAAUUUGUUCAUGGAGUCAGAUUCUGUCCCUUGUUUCAUCUGUCCUCGGGUUCCCCUAACAGGCAGUUACUUCAGAAGUGUAUCAAAACUCAAGCACCUCAAAUAUUCUCUCCAUUUUGGUAGACUAGAAUUAACAUAUUACUAACUGCUACAUUGUAGUAUCCGUUUUAAUAGCAUGAGCUAGAACUAUUAAACCAGGGAUGAUUUUCUUCCUGUGGUAAUUUUAGCUCUCCAGUGCUGGCAAAUCUUUUUUUGGGGGGGGGAGGAAAAAAAAACAAAACAAAAAGCAGGCCACCCCUCAAUUCUGUGUGCAUUUAUGUGAAUUGUUAUUUUUGGGUUCUGACUUGUUCCUCAUUGAGUCACUUUAAAACCUCUGUUGUUUUUUUUGUCAGUUUAUAUUUAAUCAUGUGAAUGUCCAAACAAAAGACUCUCUUGAAAUUGCUGUUGUCACGGAUGCAUUAAGAAAGGUCUGUACAACUUUCAUGCAUAAAAUGUAAUGAUUAUUUGACAGUAGCCAUUGGUGGCAGAACUCCAGCAUGCUUUGCAAUUGUAAUACAGAGUUGUACUAUGAGGAGGUAGGUGCACGUGUCGGAUUUGGAAGGCCAUGUUUGUUAGCGUGAUGUUCUUUAUUGUCCCUGUUUCCUGAAUUUUAAAGAACAGCAACUGGAAAACUAUAAACUAACAAUAUCUAAGUAAGUUAAGGUAAUUCUUACUACACAGUGAAUUAUCUGCACUUUCAGUAAUGUGCUUUCUUUAUACUGUGCCUUGAGCUGUACUGAAAGCAAAAUUCUUCACGUUUUCUUGUUCUUUAAAGUUGAAAAAUACCUGGGUCAAACAAGGCAGAAUAAUUUAGAGGUAAACGCUCCUCUACUAAAUCCAGCUGUGUAGGAUCGUGAUUCAGUGCAAUUUUUGCAGUUUUACUAGAGAAAGAGUUUGGAUCGAUGAAACAUGCAGAAAGUUUACACAAUGCUAAGGAGCUGCUGUCCUCAGAAAUGCCAAAGCUGCAACACGUAAGGACAAGGAGGUAGGUUGAGGCAGUUUCUUAGCAAUUAGAUGGUGAAGGUAAUGCUGCUUUCCUCAGUGGAAAGUCCCAGUUCACAUACUCUUAUUUUAUGCUCGGCUAAAGAUUAGGAAGAGUUCCUGGUUCUGUUAAAAUCAGUAGUAAAAUUUAUAUUAUUUAAUGGGAUUAGUAUUUCCUUUUGAGCUCUAAGGAAGCUCAGUUUCAAAGAUGGGCAAAGAAACACUUGCUACUAAUGAUUUUUUUUUUUUUUAAUUUGCUGUACAAUCCUGCAGAUUGUUGUGUAAUUAUGAAAGGUCUAUGCAGAUGCCAACCAAAUACAUUGUAGAGGAAAAAAGAAAAUGAAGAAUUCCUUCUUAGUAUAAGGUGGAAACAGUAUGUUAUACAUCUUUGGAAGAAAAAGCAUAUAAUUAAUUGAAAAUUUAGGAUAGGGUAAGCCCACACUUCUUAAAAAUACACAGAACUGAGAAAAAUACUUAUCUGAUUUAGUAUUUUUUUUAUAAAGCCACAAUGCUUUAUAAAAUUAGAAAGAUAUUAUGUGUAUUGAGAGUAGGGAAGGGCAUAGUACUGAAUAUGCAAGAAUUCUGUUUUUUCUCGCCCACAAGCAUACCAGCAGAAGUCCUUGUAAAAAUAUUUUUUUAAAGAAAUAUUUUAAUACACAUUUUAGAGGUUAGCUUACUACUAUUUUCAAGUGUUAGUAAACUCUAAACAGAAUGUAAACAAUAAAAGAAUCCCUUUACUUACUACUAGACUUAAGUGUGUGGACAUGUGAUUGUUUGGAUGUUUCAAAACAUAUUUUCUGGGAGGGUGGAAAAAACAUCGGAAAGCUAAAGGUGCAAGACAUAGCUGUAUAUUCAAAAUUUUGAAUGAUAGAUAUAGCUGUUACCAUAAUUUGUACCUGUACUGUUGAAAAUAGAAUGCAGCUGAUAUUUGCAGAAGUAAAUUUUUUAUACUAUAAUUUAGAAGUUAAAUAUCAGAAUAAAACAUUUUUGUUCAGUUUC